AUGGCUCUCCUGACGACGGGGCAGGAGGAGCUGCUUGCAAGCUUGGAGCGCGUGUGGCAGCAGCACCUCGGGGCUACGUCAUCGACAGAUGCAUCGACGGCGUUCACCAAGGCGCCCAUGAGCCUCAAGAACUACUACGCAUCGCACGUGUCGACCGCAUCGGCAACGGCGCCGCUGCUGCCGCCCGCCGUCGACGCCUUCCAUCAGCGUGCUGUAGCGUGCGUGAAUGCUAGCAACGCAGUGGUCGAGCAUACGCAAGCGUCUUUGAGCUUGCUUCAGGAGAUGGAAGAUCGCCAUGCGUCGGUUGUCGCGCUCACCGGCGCCCUCUACGAGAGCUUCGAGACGCUCCUCCACGAGCUUGACGCACUCGAGGUAAAGCUCAAGGCCAUGUCGACGCCGCUGCCGUACUUCACGCGCAUCUCGUCGCUUGCCAAGAGCCUCGGCGGUCACAUUGACUUUUCGUCCAAGCCCGACGCAUCCGUGCACGUGCAUGUGCGGCCCUACACGUUUGGCACGAUCGAUCCGACCGCACCCGCGUUCACCGAGGCGAUUCGCACGAUUGACGAGUGCACGGGGUACCUCCAGGAGCACAUGGACUUUAAGGACACGGAGAUGUACCUCGCCGCGUACAACCAGCUCCUCUUGCAUGCGUCGCACUGCCUCAAGGACUAUGCGAUCGCCGCCCUCGAGUCGGCCAAGGAUCAAGUGGCUGCAGCCAACGCCAAGCGGACGGUGCACGCCGACAUUCUGGACCCGGCCUCGACGUACUACGCCCAAUUCCACGUCGCCGCGCCCGCGUGCCAAGCGAUUGCCAAGCAUUUGGAGCAGCGAACCAUCACACCAGGCUCGGAGCAGUUUAUGAUGGACGUGCUCGAUGCGUAUGUGAGCCAACGCGUCGCGCUGCUGCUACCUGCGGUCACUACACACCUCCAUGCGCUCGACGGGUCGACCUCGGACCUCGUCCACGUGCUGCGCGUGGGCUGCCAAUUCCUCGUCCGCGUGUGCCAGGCCGAGCACCACUUGUUUACAACUAUGUUUGGUGCGCCGCCCAGCGCAUCUCUCUUUGCUUCGGUGCUGCUCUACGACGACGAUGACGACGACGACGUGGCCGCCGACGAGCUCGAUGGCAAUGCGUUCCAGCGCCUCGUGCUGCAACUGUGCUACCCGCUGUACCAAUGCAUUCGCCCGCGUAUGAUCCACGAGCAAGACCUCGAGGUUCUCUGCGAGUCGAUCGAAGUGCUUCGUAGCGAGAUCAUGGAAGCGCAGAUUCGGCCCCGAGGUGUCGCCACUGAAGUGCUCGAGGCUGCGAUCGAGCGCAUGGUUGGGGAUGCGCAGGAGCGCCUUAUACUCUGCACCCAAAAGUUCAUUCGCGACGAGAUCGAGGGGUUUUACCCGACACCCGCCGACCUCGACUACCCGCCAAGCUCCAAGGUACCAGUCCUAGCAACGUCCGUGUACGCGACCUGGUACCCGACGCUCGAGCACACGCUCAUGUGUCUCUCCAAAGUGUACCGCUACCUCCACAUGCAUAUUUUCACCGAGCUCGCGCAAGACGCGGUCUCGAUCUGCACUGCGUCGCUCAAAAUGGCUGCUGCCGACCUCACGGCGCAAAAGGGCCCCUGCGACGGCGGCCUCUUCCUGGUCAAGCACCUCUUGACGCUGCGCGAGCGCAUCACGCCGUUCGACAUUCAGUUUUCGAUCACGGAGAAGAGUUUGGACUUUACGUCGACGACCGACGCGAUGGGCAACGUGCUCUCAGAUGCAUUCUCGCUCUCGCUCGACAACUCGGUGCUGGGACUGCUAACGCACGGCAUUCCACACGUCAACACGACCACGUCCGAUGUGAAAAAGGACCUCGAGCACGAACUCAAGAAGGCGUGCACGACCUUUAUUGAGUUUGGCCUUCAGACUGCCGCGCGGCCGCUCUCGACCCUCUUGCGCAAGGCGCAGUCGGCGAAGGCCCUGCCUGUGGUCGCGGCGGCGCUCGUUGAGCUCGAGGAGACCAUGCAAAUGCAGAUCCCCAAGCUCCGAGAUGCGAUUCACGCGUACCUCAUGCAUCCGUCGACCGAAGCGAUUCUCUUCCAGCCGAUCCAAAAGGCACUCUUGGAGGCCAUCGAGCAGCUCAAGAUGCAGCUCGAGCAGCAGUACCCUGGCCUCGACGCACGUGCUGACGUGGACGCGCGCAUUCAAGUCGCGCUCUCGCGUGUGCUCCAGCUGUAA